CCCGGAGUUUCACAGUGUGACACCCAGCGAAAAUGAACGGUGCCCGCUAGCUGCUUUAGCUUUUUGGAAUUUAUUUUACACAUUGUAGCAGACGGUUGCGUGUCACACCGUAAAUAAACACAUCAGUUAUCGGAGUGAGGAUGUCUAUCGGUCGGCGGUUCACGUAGUCGAUCGACGAUCGAUUAAUUGCGGCUUGAAGAAUUGAAGAACACAUCGAGCCUCGGUGCAGAGGCUGGACGUCAUCCUGCAACCAUAAAUAAAGUUACACAUGGCAGAUAUCCCACAGCAACAUGACUUUAAGGAGGAGGAGGAGGAGGAGAAGGUUCUUGACAACCAACAGUUCUGUAACCAGGAGAGGAACUCCAGUCUGGACCAGGAGGAACCAGAACCUCCUCAGAUUAAAGAGGAACAGGAGGAACUAGAGUUGGUACAGAUUAAAGAGGAACGGGAGGAUCUAGAGCUGGUACAGAUUAAAGAGGAACAGGAGGAACUCUGGACCAGUCAGGACGGGGAGCAGCUUGAAGUGAAGCAGGAGACUGAUCCAUUGAUGGUGACUACUGUUUAUGGGGAAACUAACCACAGUAAACCAGAACCAAAUGGUGAGGAUCUCCUCCCUCCCAGCUCCUCUGAAGAGGAGAGUCAAGAUCAGAGCGCUUACAUGGACCCGGGAUCAACAAGAAAUGCAGAAGGCUCAAGUCAAGAUGGUACUCUGACUGUUCACUUGUUGGUCGGUGCAAAGCUUUACUCUUGCGCAAUAUGUGCCAAAAGUUUUCGUCAAAGCAGCCACUUGACUGUCCACAUGAGAACUCAUUCGGGUGAGAAGCCAUAUCCUUGUUACAGCUGUGGAAAAAGAUUUACCGACCCGUCGUCAUUGAAAAAGCAUGAAGUCAUCCACAAGGCUGAGAAGCCGUAUUCUUGCCCAACUUGUGGGAAAAGUUUCACUCAAAGUGGUAACGUAACUGUCCACAUGAGAACUCACACGGGUGAGAGGCCGUAUUCCUGCAAAACAUGUGGCAGAUGUUUCAGUCAAAAGGGUGAUCUGGCCGCUCACAUGAGAACGCAUACAAAUGAGAAACCGUAUUCUUGUGAAACAUGUGGUAAAUGCUUCAGUCGAAGUAGCUAUUUAUCCGUCCACCAGAGAAGUCACACAGGUGAGAAACCCUUCAGCUGCAAGAUAUGUGGGAAAGGUUUCAGUCGUAGCGGUCACGUGACCGUCCAUAUGAGAGCGCAUACGGGGGAGAAACCAUAUUCCUGCAAAAUAUGCGGGAAGCGUUUCGUUCAAAGUGGUGUUUUGAACGUACACAUGAGAACGCACACAAACGAGAAACCGUUUUCUUGCAAAAUAUGUGGGAAAAGAUUCAGACGGCGUGAUCAUUUAGAUCUCCACACACACUACACCGCACACAAAUGAGGAAACAUACUCUCACAGCUCCUCAGAUUUGAAAAUUCCCCUAAGGAUUCAGAUCGUGCUGAGGAUGUGUGGUAAGUCUUAUUGAUGUAACAUUUUAGAGUUUUGCGAUUUUGUUUUUCAGCAAAUUUGGAAAUUGUUAAAAAUGUUCAUCUGUGUGAACAGUUGCAAACUUCUGUAAUAAAGAGCAAUAUUGUCAUGGA